CACCUAAAAAAAAAGAGACAAAAUUAAAACAAACCAAACCCUUUUAAUCCCAAAAGAAAGAAAAAUGAAAAUGGUGGCUGCUUCUUUCACACCCACACUCCCAACCCACACAGCCACCAUUUCCAAUCCAUCCUCUUCAUCUUGUUCACCAUUUCUGAAACCCAACUCACUUUUACAAUCACCUCUUAAGAAAAUCGAGCCCAGCUCACCAAACCCAUUUACAGUUUCUUGUGUUCUUGCUAAAGAAUCAAGGGUUCAAAUGGGUUCUGCUCAAGAUGAUUCCUUUGCCCUCCAACGACCCGAUUCGCUUGGCCGGUUUGGGAAAUAUGGUGGAAAGUAUGUCCCUGAAACCUUGAUGUAUGCUCUUUCUGAACUUGAAUCAGCUUUUAAAGCCCUUUCUACGGACCAUCAAUUCCAGGAGGAAUUAGAUGGGAUUUUGAAGGACUAUGUUGGUAGGGAAACCCCUCUAUAUUUUGCAGAGCGACUUACAGAACAUUAUAAGCGUCCUAACGGUGAAGGACCCGAAAUCUAUCUUAAGAGGGAAGAUCUUAAUCAUACUGGUGCACAUAAGAUAAAUAAUGCGGUUGCACAAGCUUUGCUGGCUAAGAAGUUAGGGAAAGAGCGAAUCAUUGCAGAAACUGGUGCUGGGCAACAUGGAGUUGCAACUGCCACUGUAUGUGCACGAUUUGGGUUGAAGUGUAUUAUUUAUAUGGGUGCUCAAGAUAUGGAAAGACAAGCCCUUAAUGUGUUCAGGAUGAAGCUCCUUGGAGCAGAGGUUAGAGCAGUUCAUUCGGGGACAGCCACACUAAAGGAUGCAACAUCAGAAGCCAUACGAGACUGGGUGACCAAUGUGGAAACUACCCACUACAUCUUGGGCUCUGUUGCAGGCCCACACCCUUACCCCAUGAUGGUAAGGGACUUCCAUGCAGUGAUUGGUAAAGAAACAAGAAGGCAGGCGUUGGAAAAAUGGGGUGGAAAACCAGAUGUUUUGGUUGCUUGUGUUGGUGGGGGAUCAAAUGCUAUGGGCCUGUUUCAUGAGUUUGUUGAUGACAAAGAGGUUAGAUUGAUUGGAGUAGAGGCUGCGGGUUUUGGCCUAGAUAGUGGAAAACAUGCAGCAACCUUAACAAAAGGAGAGGUCGGGGUGUUGCAUGGAGCCAUGAGUUAUCUGUUGCAGGAUGACGAUGGGCAAAUCAUUGAGCCUCAUUCUAUUAGUGCAGGGCUGGACUACCCAGGAGUUGGACCAGAGCACAGCUUUCUGAAAGAUCUGGGUCGGGCUGAGUAUCAUAGUAUCACUGAUGAGGAAGCAUUGGAAGCUUUUAAGAGACUAUCGAGAUUAGAGGGAAUCAUCCCAGCUCUGGAGACAUCUCAUGCACUAGCUUAUCUAGAGAAACUAUGCCCAACCUUACCUAAUGGCACCAAAGUUGUUCUUAACUGCAGUGGCAGAGGAGACAAAGAUGUUCAUACGGCCAUCAAGCAUUUGCAGGUUUGAUGCUGUAGCAUCAAGAGGUCAGAGACCAUAAGAGUCAUAAUACUAUCGGAAAAAUUUGUUAUAUGUUCUUUGUUUCUUUCUUGGAUGACAAAUUACAGAACUCACACCUUACUAUCAUGUUUGUUCAAGACAUUGAUUUUCUUGUUCCUUUUCUAUCUGCAUUUUAUGAGCAAAGUCUCAUCUUCAGAUGUAAAA